GUGCAUGAGUGUAUGUUGUCUUUGCCUUAUAUAGUGCAGAGUUAUCCGGCUGCACUGCCUUGGGACUGUGAGAUUACACUGCUGCCAAAGUCUGCCACACAAUCUGGCCGUCUUUGUUCUCCUGUUUUGAUAAGAAUACAAGGACGCUUCUUGUGCUCCUCUGCUCCACCCACAGCCAUCACUUCUGCUGUCUCUCUCCAGUUUGCAGCGUGCCAGGUAGCUUCUGAAAGGGACAAAAUGAAUGGUACAAUGGAUGGGAACUACGACCACGCUCCUCAUGACGGGUCCUUCAUGUUUACCUCUGAGUCUGUGGGAGAGGGGCAUCCUGAUAAGAUAUGUGACCAGAUCAGCGAUGCUGUGCUGGACGCUCACCUGAAGCAGGACCCUGAUGCCAAAGUGGCUUGUGAGACGGUGUGUAAGACUGGCAUGGUGCUGCUUUGUGGUGAGAUCACGUCCCGAGCCAACGUGGAUUACCAGAAGGUGGUGAGAGAAACCAUCCGAGAUAUCGGUUAUGACAACUCCGACAAAGGCUUUGAUUAUAAGACCUGUAACGUGCUGGUGGCCCUCGAGCAGCAGUCGCCUGAUAUUGCACAGGGAGUUCAUAUUGAUCGUCUGGAGAGUGACAUUGGAGCUGGAGACCAGGGUCUGAUGUUUGGAUACGCCACUGAUGAGACAGAAGAGUUCAUGCCACUCACCGUCGUCCUCGCCCACAAACUCAACGCCAAGAUGGCCGAACUGAGACGUAAUGGGACCGUCCCCUGGCUCCGCCCGGACUCCAAAACACAGGUGACGGUUCAUUACACCCAAGAGAACGGAGCUGUGAUCCCCAAGAGGGUUCACACUGUGGUGAUCUCAGUGCAGCACGAUGACUACGUCAGCCUGGAGGAGCAGAAGAAGGUCCUGAAGGAGAAGGUGAUCAAGGCCGUGGUCCCGUCAAGGUACCUGGACGAGAACACCAUCUAUCAUCUGCAGCCCAGCGGACGCUUUGUGAUUGGUGGACCACAGGGUGAUGCUGGAGUGACGGGCAGGAAGAUCAUCGUCGACACAUACGGCGGUUGGGGGGCCCAUGGGGGCGGGGCUUUCUCUGGGAAGGACUACACCAAGGUGGACCGCUCAGCUGCCUACGCUGCCCGCUGGGUGGCAAAGUCUCUGGUGAAGGCCAAACUGUGCAGGAGGGUGCUGGUGCAGGUGGCGUAUGCGAUCGGAGUAGCCCACCCGCUGUCCAUCUCCCUGUUCACCUACGGCUCCUCUCAGAGGAGCGAGAAGGAGCUGCUGCAGAUCGUCAAUAAAAACUUUGAUCUCAGGCCCGGCGUCAUCGUCAGAGACCUGGACCUGAAGAGACCGAUCUACCAGAAGACGGCCUGCUACGGACACUUUGGCAGAAAGGAGUUUCCCUGGGAGGUCCCAAAGAACCUCAACUUCUAGAGUAUCUGUGUACCAGUGUGUGUGUGUGUGUGUGUGUGUAUGUGUAUGAGUGUGUAUUACUCAUGUUGUGGGGACAUAAAUCUGUUUACGCAGUCACAUUGUGGGGACUCGGCGGGGUGGACACCCUUUUGGGGGCAAUAUGCAAGUCCCGAUAAUGUAAAUCAUUCAAUUUUAGACUUAAGGUUAAGGUUAGGCAAGUAGUGGUUAUGGUCAGGGUUAGGGUAAGUCUACAGGAAAUGACUGUAAGUCAGUGUAAUGUCCUCUGAAGUGGUGGAAACACGACAGUGUGUGAUGUAUAGAUAGCUGCCCUCGUGCUCCUGUAACCCAGUAAGAGAAAGGCAGCUGGGAGGGGGUGCACAGAUGGGUCUGGGUGGGUGCAGAUAACCUCCGGCCAUUGGACGGUGGAAAGAGGUCUCAUCUGUAAUUUAUGACUUCGUAGCCCCUCAAUAGUAACCUGAAAUAUGAGUGAGCUAUUUGGUAUUUUUGUCCCGUAGAUACAGUGUACAGUCACAUGCCUGCAGUUUGUUUCACACUUAAACUGGUUGAGAGAGUUUGUUGUUUGCAACUAUUUGGCUUUUCUGUCCAGAAAUAAGUGAAUGACCAAAAAGGGAGAGCAGCCAUGUUUGCAGAUACAUUUCAGAACCACGAUGACGUCUGAAAAAAUCAGAAAAAAAAAUCUACAUUUUUGUUAUUGCUGUCAGUAUUUAUAUAUGAUUAAUACUGUACGAUACUAGCAGAGUGUCUGCAGGUUUUAGUGUUACUUUGGAUGAUCUCAGCCCUUUAAAGAUCUUAAAAGUUAGUAAAGACAGUAAAGACUGUAUGAGGUCUUCAUGUUUUGUUUUCCAGCAUGAAAUCAAAUCUGUACCCUGAAUCUAUCGUUUGUUUCUUAAGUUUUAUAUCAUUUGGUCUUUAAAAAAUGAAUUUCAUCAAGACCUGCAGACACUCGAUCUCCACAAAAUGACUGCAAAACAAAGAUGGAGGGGAAGAUAUACAGCAGAUAUCACAAAUGAGUUUCAUAUGUUAGUGACUCAUAAGUAUUCAUUUCUGCUGCAUGCAUCCUAACAUUUACACUACAUAUUUUAAUUAUUGUUGACAGUUUUUUAUACGAUAGAUAGCUGGCUGCUAGCAGAGUGUCUGCGGGUUUUAGUUGGAUAAUCUGAAGCCUACAAAAGGUCUUAAACUUCAGAAUAAACUGUAAGUCUUUGCAGUUUUUUGGAGUCUUAAUGAACAAACUUGUAUUCUUCUAAAUACACAAUUAUAUUUUCUCUAUACCAACAUCUUAGGUCCAUGUUUGAGAUUAAAAUAUUGUUUCUUAGGUUUUGUACUAUUUGGUAUUAAACUAAAUGACCUGCAGACACAAAAAGACAAAACAAAGAUGCUUUCAGAGGGGAGAAACACAGUAGAUGUCCCAAAGAAGUUUCAAAUGUCCGCGACUCAUAACUUGGGAAUUAAAGAAAUCCUGAAUGCUUCCUAACAUUUACUUUUAUACGAUAGAUAGCGGGCUGCUUGCAGAGUAUCUGCAGGUUUUAGCUGGAUAAUCUGAAGCCUUUAAAGAUCUUAAAAUGAUUACAUUCGGUAUAGGCUGAAGGUUUCAGUAGGAAAUCAGUGCACAAACCUGUAUUCUGAACAUACUAUCAUAUUUUCUGCUAAGGUCAUUGUUUGAGAAACAGCUGUUUCUUAAGUUUUAUAUUAUUUGAUACUAAAACAGUAUGAAUCAUCAUCAUCAUCAAGACCUGCGGACACUUGACUUUUACAGAAAUACAGAAGAUUCCCAAAGACGUUUCAAAGAAGUCAAGUGAACCAAAUCUUAUUCUUUGCACACUCUGUGUCAUUAGUCCUGGGAAAUUAUGUAAAUAUGAAUUUUGAACAAUAAAACAUUUUAACAAGAA